GAAAACGAUUGAUUAAUCAACGCCUUGGUCUUUCACUCCCUCCCCCGUCUUUCACGCGCCUCCAUUUGCUUCUUCAUCUUCCUUCUUUCUCUUCUUCUUCUUCUUCUUCUUCUCUAUCAUCAGCAUCAUCAUCUCCUUUGCAGAUCCACAUCCCUUCGCAGUCUCGCUCUCGGGUCGUCAUCUUCAUCGGGAGCGACAGUUUCGCCCAAACCUUUUUAUCAGUUUGUGUGCCGUUAUUCUAGACAGCUGCGGGAUUUUGUCACAUGUGGCGGCUCGCGGUAAUGUGUUGGGCGGAGAGGGUAUGGUAUUUUGGAUCUGCGAGUGGGAUUUGUAGUUUUAGGGCUGGCAACUUCUGGGUGGUGAUUGUGGCCUAGUAUUCUGGGUGUGGUGGUUAUUGGGGUGUAGGCUUGGUGGGGAUCUGAUCUGGUCCAUGAAGUCCUGAGCACCUUAUUUUGAGGAAGACGUCAGUUUUCGCCAUCGCGUCGAUGAAUCGGUGUGCGCUGGUAGUAAUUGGUUAAUUUGUGGGUUCUGAUCAUGUAGUCUCGUACUCCGCUUGUGGCCCGCGAUGACUACACAUUUUUACCGUUUGAAGUGGGUGCGUAUACUCAACAAUGUGGUCGAUUUACCACAUUGAGGCGCUGAGAGGGGAGUGCGCUAACAAGCUCGUCAGUUUAUCACUUGCUAUUAUGUAGCUGACACUCUACUGUAUGGUCCCCAUGUUGGAGGCAGAAUGGAAAUGAAGAGAAUGGGACUGGUUUCCGUUUAAGUAUUAGAAUAUUCCAUAGAGGCCAUAUUCGUGGUGCUGCGAUUUCUUUUGACAAGGUUCUGGACCUCUGCCAUUGAAGAUCCUACGGAGCGCAGACACUGCGUCAGCUUCCGUAGAAAGAAAUGCACUUUAAUAAUUUCUAGGGUAAUUUCCGCUUAUCUCGGCGAAGUAGAAAGUCACAAGACGAAUUGGCAGCGUUAGAAUGCGGGACAUGUAGAUCUUCUAACAAGAGUAGGGUCCUGUGAAGCCACAUGUAGAAUUUCAAGCACCUCGAAUUUGAAGCAUAGUCAUCUGGAGGGUGAAUCAUUGUGUUCAAAAUGGAGGCUGAGAUUGAAUGGUACGUAACCCGCCACAUGGACCUGAACAUGGAGAUUCUUCUAGAAUUUCCGGUGCGUGUUGCGGAGCUUGUACGCAAAUUGGUGGAGGAAGCUGAUUCUUUCCGACAGGAGUGUGCGGAUCUUAGCAGCAAAGUGGAAAAGUUGAUACAAUUACUACGGGCAGCCGCUAGGAAAGUGGGGCUGUACGAGCGACCCACACGGCGAAUAAUGCUGGAAGUGAUGAAGGCGUUGGAACGGGCUCUGGGGUUGGUGAAGAAGUGCAAGAGGGGUGGUAUGCUCAAGAGGGUAAUGACUAUCACCACUACUGCAGAUUUCAAAAAAGUGAUUAUGUAUAUGGACAGCGCGAUAGGGGACAUCACGUGGCUGUUGAACGUCUCCUCCACAGGGGAUGAGCGCUCUGGCGCAGGAUUGCCCCCCAUCGCAUCCACCGAUCCCAUGCUGGCACUUGUCUGGGAGCAAGUAUCUAUUGUGCAUGCAGGAACACCAGAAGAGAAGGCAGAAGCAGCAGAGUAUUUGGGGAACUUGGCCAGGGGUAACGAACGAAACACAAAGAUCAUAAUUGAGGAAGGAGGGGCGGCGCCAUUGCUGCGGUUGCUCAAAGAGGGCACGAUUGCUGGUCAAGAAGGUGCUGCCACAACCUUGGGUUAUUUGGCUGGGAACAAGGAACGAGUUCGGCAGUUACGUACCGACGGAGCUAUCAGUGUCUUUGCGCACAUUUUGAGCAGUCAUGCGACGUCCAUGAAAGUUCAGUUAAAAGUUGCAGCAGCAGUUGCAAAGUUUGCUGAGCUGGAUGAUGAAGCACAAAGUGAGCUUGCCUCUCAGGGUGCGAUCAGAUUAUUGGUGGCUCUUCUUGCCCAUCAGACCAAUACUGUUGAGGGCGCGGACAACCCAGUAAGCAUUCACGCAGUUGUAAGGACAAGUAUGAGCCAGCUGAAAAGUACUGCUAUCAAGGGAAACAACUCCCAAUACGACUCACGUGUACAACCUGUAGCAAUGGCAGCCUCUUCAGUGAUGGCUCGCAUGAGAAGCGCUGCCCCACCCAGUAUUGCAGAGAACCCUUCUUCUUCUAGCGCAAGAAUGAAUGUACCUCUGCGACAGAGUAGUCGAGCGCAUCGAGAUUUGGAGGACCCUGCUGUCAAGUUUCAGAUCAAGGUGGAAGCUGCCAACGCACUUUGGAAACUCGCAGCAGGAAACAUAAAAAAUUGCAAGCUCAUCACAGACACGUGUGCACUUCUGUGCUUCGCAAAGUUUAUGAAACUGAGCGGAGGGGAAUUGAAAUAUAAUUCUGUUAUGGCUGUUAAGGAAAUCGCAGCUGCUGCAGAAAGGGACCCUGAGCUUCGUCGAGCCGCAUUCAAGACCAACUCGCCAUCAGCAAGAGCUGUUGUCGAACAGCUUUUGAAAGAGAUUACAAACGAGAACGGAGAACCUGAACUCCAGGUAGCAUGUUGUAAAGCUAUAGGAAGUUUGGCAAGGAUUUUUCCUUCACCUGCUGAGCUUCCUAUUAGGGCGUUGACUUCAGCCUUAGCCAACCAGAACCAGGACGCCAUUCAAGUUGCCACAGAAGCGGCCUCUGCAUUGUCGAAGUUUGCGAGUGACGAGAACUACUUGCACUUGGAGCACUCAAAGAACAUCAUUCAAGAAGGAGCGGUGGAACACUUGGUUCUGUUGGCAUUGAAUUUUGGGUACUCAGAAUCACAACUCUCUGCGAUUGAACUUCUUUGUUAUCUAUCAUUGAAUGUCCCUGAUAGUGAAUCAUUAGCGAGCGCGAACAUUAUCCACGUCUUGAAAUCUACUGUGCACGCCAACCAGUUGUCUCAGUUAUUUGCGAAACAUGAGAAUGCUCGACCAUUGAUCAUGGAUGCCAUCGCAAAGCUGGAGUUUUGGCAGCUUCGAAGCUCCAGUUUUACUGUAGACAUAGGGCAUGACAGGUCCGACUACAUGGACGAGUAACCUCCGAAACCCUCGUCUGUUCUUUCACUAAAGACGAACAUCCUCUGGGAAAAGAAAAGAAUUUAUUGUAUUCCUAUGCGUCGAGGCUUCGCUUGAAAUUCUUUGAGACUGUGCGCUCUUGCUCAAGUGUUUUCGACACUGUAGCAUAUGCCGAGGCUGUUGCAGGUUCUUUUGCUUGUAGACCAUGUAUUACAGUCACGACUUUUCUUUUUCUCUUUCAUUUUUUCUGUAUAGGCAGGAUAGCACCCCAGGUCAAACUCCGAUUUGGGUUUGGUAUGGAGUAGUAGACAAGGUCAGGGGCUUGAGGUUAUUCUUACUGAGAGAGAACAUCAUUCCACCUUACUAGGAGUUCAUGAAGUGAGAUGGAUGGCUACAUUUGCCAGCUAUAUUUAAUGUCUUUAACCUGUGUCAACUGGAGUGCGUCCACUUUGAAUUCCUAGCUCCACAGCAAUUUAUUUCAGCUUAAAUAU